GAGAAUGUAACCGCUCGUUAUCAGGUUCGAACAUAUGGUGGAGCGAGAGAGAGAGUGAGGAGGAGAAAGCGGAGUGGGUGAAAAGGGUGUCUUGAAAGACAGACAUCUAGAAGGAUAGAUCAGACAGAAAGAUGCCUAGAGCAUCAUUAUUGGACUAUGUUCUCCUCCGGGAAAUUGGCCAGAGCAAUAGGAAGGCUCCUCAUAUAGCCGAGCAGUAUGCUGAGGACUGUGCAGCCAAAGCCACAUUGAACAAGUCUUGCCAACUCAAUGAAAAUGUGAGAGCCACAUUUCUGAUGGUAUUCAGUCCUGAUGGGUCCAGGAUAGCAUCCACACAUGGUGACCACAGUGUCAGGAUCACCAACAUAUCAACAGGGAAGUGUGAGCGCACCCUGACUGGACAUCCCAGGACACCGUGGUGUGUGGCUUUCCAUCCAACCAGCAACAAGAUCUUGGGCUCCGGAUGCCUGGCUGGAGAGGUCCGGAUAUGGGAUCUUCAUGGUGGUGGCAGUGAGGUAUGGAGGUCAGAGAAAGGCACAGUGAUCUCCUCUGUAGCAUUCCACCCUACUGAGCAGAUCCUGGUGAUUGCCACAGGGAACGAGUUGUUGAUGUGGAACUGGAAUGAGGAGCAGCCCAAUGUGAGAAUUAGUACAGCACAUGAGUACGAGAGAGUCAGGUGGGUGCGCUUCGAUCAUUUGGGUCGCUUUCUAUACACUGGUAUUUGCAAUGGUUCUACAGUUCACAGAGAUGACAACAAUGAGUAUUCACACAUAGGGGAGCCACCCAGUGAAAAUAUAGAAGAAACAAGGGAAGAAGACUCGAGAAGGCUGGCUUUACGGCAUCAGUUCUUUGAGUUUUUGGAAAGAUACAGAUAUGAAAGACUGAGAGCAAGACAUUUAGCUGGAGAAGAUGCAGAUGUCACUAAUACAGUGAUGCAUCAGCCGAUUCCUCUCCCCCGCCCCACCUCUCCAGCUCAUAUUCAAGCCUUAGAGGAGGCCAGGCAGUAUGCAUCUCUUGUCAGUAUGGACAAUGGGUGGCAGCACAGAACAGAGAAUAACAACAACAACAACAGGAGUCAGCCACAAAGCUCUGAAAGCCUGAACUGGCCAACUCAGCCUUACAGAGAUAGUCCAAGACCCCAUCUUCCACCAGCAGAAAUGAGAGAGAAUACUGAAGUAGAUGAUAAUGUGUUGCUAGACCAAACCUCUACUACAAGCAGGCUGUCUACAACAAGCCAGCUAACUGGUGAGACGAGUGCAGCGACUCAGGGUGCUCAGUCUCCAUGGAGACGGAGACAGCUAUUUGAUUUCGGGCCAGGUAGCCUUAGGGCUUCAACACAGAACUCCAGCAGCAGUGGAAACAACGUGUGGAGAAGGAGAUCUGCGUUCAGCACACAUAUUCAAAGAAGAUCAUUUCUGAACAAUGACAACACAGGAGAGGGAUUAAGGAGGGUCUCUAAUGAUGGCCACAUUAGUGGAGAUGGUGACAGUUUUGGCCUUCACUUUAACAGGCCGAGGAGUCCAUUAACUGAAGCAGACUGGGGUCCAUCCACUGCAGGACAUGCCCAGGGAAGUAGUGAUACACUCCCCAUACUAAGAUCUCGCUUAAAUGUAGUUGAUGCAUUAAGAAGGGAAAUUGGAGAACACAGGGCUGGGGUAAAUAGGCAGAGACGGUAUAUCAUUUUGGGCAGAGUGGAUGGAGCCCCUAAUGCUGUUGAUAGUGAUGAUGAGGCCGGAAGCCAUCCUGCUGAUUCAUCAACAGACAGGCAACAAAACCUGCAGGCAAGUAGAAGUGCCAUCAGGAAUUUGUCUUUUGGCGAUCCAGAGCAACCAGCAAGAAGAGUUGGUAACCCUCUGUUAAGUUCAAACUCAAACUUAUCUCAGCAUAGAAACGAGGGUGAAAGUAACUCAGAAGCAGACAUUGGCUGUCCAGCUAUUGUUGUUACUGCAAGCCAGGAAGGUCACCAGCCAUCUAGUCAAACAGAAAGUGGAGCUCAUAAUCAGAAGAGAAAUGACAGUUCUGAUUUACAUUUAACAGACAGAAUGCCACUUAUUGAUACGGGUUCAAAUAGUCAGUCAAGUCAUACUUUAACAAGCCCACCAGCACAGACUAUAGCAGACACUUCACAAGGGGGAAGCCCCAGUAGGGAACAUCCUGACAGCACCAGUUCCACUCAAGAUCCAUGCAGUGCGUCCACAUCACAGAGUGCUGCUUACAGUCUAUUCAGAUCACGAUACAGCAGGUAUUCACACCUAGGUCCAAGUAGUUCUGGUACAGCUAGGUGCAGGUCCUUGUCUUUCCAGAACAGUCCCCCUGCCAGGGACUCAGGAAACCAGGGAUGUUACAACCUUGAUAGUCAAAACAAUAGUAGUGUCACAACUAGCAGCAACAACAACAGUACCACAACCAGCAAUAACAGCAAUGCAUCUAUCAGUGAUUUGAUCAGAGGUGGUAGUGGCAAUGACAAUCCAAGUGCAAAUUCAACUAUUGAUCUCUCAAACAGCUGCAAUAGAGGCCAAACAUAUACAGGUACUGGCCUCGGCUCCUCAGGUGGGAACCCACCAGUUACAAGCGGACACCCUCCUGUAGGGGGCACCAGUGGUAGAUACUGGCAGAGCAAUGCUAAUAGGCAUUAUAAUAUUAGAUCCAACAGAUACUGCACUCUAAGUAGUAGAAAUCAGAAUAGUAGGGCUAGAGAGCAAGACCCUUUUCUGAGCAGGGCUGGUGUAGAUCUGCCCUGUACUAGUGAAGACCAGCCCAGCACCAGUGCAGGCAGCAGUAGCCAUGAUUCCAGCAGUCUUCAAACAAGCAGCACAUCCCAAGACAGCAGUAGUGGCUCGGAGAGUCCAUCAGCAUGGCGCCCCAUGAGAGAAACGCACCGUCAAAGACAAGACAGACUGCGGAACUAUCUGGAUGAUAUCCGCGGUGGUGGUGGUGGUAGUGGUAGCAGACAGGAACAGAGGAUGACAGAGAGGCGGAGGCUGUGUCCGCUUCACAGAACAUACCACAGUAACUCUGGAUUAGAAAGUCAUCGCAGCUUGGUAGAGAAUGCAAGAGAGCGUGGUCGCUGGAAUAGGUGGGAAGCCAGGCGCAGGGAACUAGACAGGUUGAGAACUGAGAAUGAAAGAAGACAGCAGCAAGCCUGGAGGACACUACAGCGACGUUACCUGCAUCCACACUAUUCUGUUAACAUUCUGGAUGAGGCUAUCAACCAGCCAAAUGAUGCCUUCCAGACUGCUAUUAAUAGGACUAUAGCAAGUGUGUUUAUGGGCAGUGGUGAGGCUGCAGUGGCCAACAACAUUGUGAACAUUACUCACAGGAUACAGCAGUGGGAUCUCAGAGACAAUCCAGUACCAGAUAUUAUGGAUGCCAAUGCCAACAUAGUAGUUCCCAAUUGCAAGCUGCACAAUGAUGCCAGCUGUGGCUUGUCCCAAGAUGGCCGCUACCUGGCCACAUUUGUAGGUAGCCACAGAGGAUUCCCAGAUGAUACCAUAUUGGGGGUGUUCUCCCUGCAGCAGGACAAUCUUGGACAGUGUGUGUUUACCAAAAGUUUUGGUCCCAAUGCAAUCUCUGUCAGUGUCUCUCCACUUAACAACUACAUACUGGUUGGGUUGGCAGCAAAACGUUUAGCAUGGGUCUUCACAGAAAAACAGGUUGUAGCACAGGUGUUUAAGCUGGUCCAGCCUUUGGGUGGUGAAUCCUCUAUGAAGCAUGUAAUGGACAUAACCCACCCCUGUGCUGGAGAGAUCCCCACACAUGUCAGCGUCAACUCAGCAGGCUGGCUGCCCACUGUUGGGGCAGGACUGGUGUAUGGGACCAACCGGGGUGAUCUGUGUAUCUGUACCCCAGGGAAGCUCAGGUCUGCACCAGGGGAGGAGGGGGAAGUGAACAGUAACAUCCAUCGUAACAUAAUGCACAUGCUUGGGUAUCAGGUGCCGCGGACUAUCAGCACAGCGACGCAGACGGCUAGACCCAGGCAGAACUCGUCCACGCAAACCAGUGAUAGCGAGGCUUGGUCUGAAGAGAUGUGAUACUCACUAGGCACAGGAGAGUAUAUUGAUCUAAGCAAGUCCAGACAAAUGGCUUUUUUUUGUAGGAGUCCGGUAUACAAAGUGUAUAACAUGUUAGACAAGACUCUUUACCUGGAAUCUAUUCAGAUUGUGUAUUAAGGUUUCAGACAGUAAGAUGUAAGCAGUAAUUGGCUUUUUAUGUUACGUCAUUGCAAAUCAUGUACGUGAAAAUCUGUGCCAAUUAAAAUGAUGGUACAUUGAAAAAAUUAAGGUUACGGAAAGUAACAUUGCAAAGAAACAAUUUCAAUGCAUUUUUAUGCAGUAUUCAACUUGGGGCAUUAUUGGUUUUUCACUCAAAGUAGUUUUUAUUUUGGAAAGGUAUGUUCAUACUAUUUUUUUUUCCACCCAAGGUAUUUUUCAUUUUCGGAUAGUAUGUUCAUCUCUGUAUUUAGUGGAUUUUUGUUAUAAAAGAUAUUAGAGAGAGUAAAGGAUUAUAAAGAGUUAACAAUUUUGAUAUGAUGAUCAUGAAACAAUCAUAGGCAGAAAAUCCAGAAAGGACAAGGAACAAAAGUAUGUUUAUUAUAGGAUACACUGGGAAGCAAUAGGUGUUGGGACAGAAGUCCAGGAAAGUGAGUUAAAUUGCUAUUGAAAUCAAUAAACAGUAUGUCAGCAUUAUAAACAGACAAUUUGAACAGUUCAGGGCUUUGUUUCACCAUUUGUUACUCUUAUUUCCUUACAAAAGCAGUUAUAACCUAUAUAUUCAUGUUUUUGUUAUGUGACCCAAGUUUAUUUUUCAGGGUGGAAAGGUUUGCCAACUGAGCUUUCAACAUUCAUGUUUAAAAGGAACUUUUUGAGUACUAUUGAGUUUGUGAAGUGUGGCUACCGUUCAGAAUAUCCCAACAUUCCCACAACUUUUUUUAAAAAAUGUUUUGAUAAUCUCAUGGUGCUGGAAGUUUUUGUAUUAGUAGAAAAGAGUAAGUGUUUCAACGUUUUAAAAUGUAGAUAGAAUUCAAAUUUGUGUAUGUUAGAUGGUAAAAUGUAAUUUGUUCCAUUCGUUGAGUUUUCAGUCCAUUUCAGUUUACGCUUGUAGAAGGAUUAGGAUUACUAUAAUUAAUAUUUUAAUUAUUUGCAUGUGGCAAUGAAACUUAUCAGAAUGAUUAGUGUGCAUAUAGGCUUGAAGCAUCACAGCUUGUUUUAUUUAAAUAAUUGAAAUUAUGGUCGCAAAAAGCUUCCAUAUAGUGCAAAGUUAUUUGCUUGAGUUCAUGAUAAUGAAUAAAAUGUUUCUGUUAA